CUGAGCUGCUCGGAUAACAGCCAAUAGACAAGAUGAGACAACUUCAUGCCCAUGCCUCCAGAUAGACUGGAGAGGAAUAUUUAUUGAAUUGUUGGAUUAUGGUGACAGACACAGGUUCAUAAUGAUGGAUGCGAGCUCCAGGUUUUUCUUCAUCGUCUCUUCGCUGCUGCUCAUCGCGUGCGGUGACGGGUCUCCGUUCACCGAUUGCAUUCAGAGCAAAGGGAAGGCUGGUUUUUACGAAGGAUCCAUAGACGUGACCGAAUCCGGUGUGAAAUGCAUGAACUGGAGUGAAGUGCCCGGUGUUAUAGACCGGUAUCAAGGGAAAGGGCUUGGGGAUCACAGUCUCUGCCGAAACCCGGACGGGAGGAUUCGCCCGUGGUGUUUCUUUGCAAACAGCCGUGGACGCAUUGACUGGGGGUACUGCGACUGUAAGCAAGGCUCUGUGAGACUGCACGGAGGCAGAUCGAAGUUGGAUGGUACAGUUGAAGUGUAUCUGAAUGGUGUGUGGGGUACCAUCUGCGGUAAUGGCUGGGAUGACAAAGAUGCUGCUGUGGUGUGUCGACAGCUGGGACAGGGUUAUAGGGGGCAUGCACGUGUGAGUUCUCUGUCACGUCUAGUGGUAUCUGGAGUUCACUGGCAGACUGCAGGCUGUGAGGGACAGGAAGAGGACUUACUGCAGUGUAAUCACUCUGCCUGGAGUGGAGGAGAGUGUGUUGACCGCCAGGCGGCUGCUGUCUCUUGCAUUCCAGUGGAAGCCUCAGUGUUUGUCCCUGUUCGUCUCUCUGGUGGUCCAUCGGCAUAUGAGGGGAGAGUAGAGGUGUAUCAUGCAGGACAGUGGGGCACAGUUUGUGAUGACCAGUGGGAUGAUAAUGACGCUGAGGUGGUAUGCAGGCAGCUGGGGUUAGGGGGCAUUGCUAAGGCUUGGGUAGGAGCAUAUUUUGGUGCAGGCUCAGGCCGUAUUCUUUUGGACGAGGUGAGCUGCACAGGAAAUGAGCUGUCCAUUGAGCAGUGUCCAAAAAAAGCCUGGGGGGAACACAACUGUGACCACAUGGAGGAUGCUGGAGUGUCCUGCAUCCCACUAACAGAUGGUGCAGUGCGUCUGGUUGGCGGUGUGAAGGGUUUUGAGGGCAGGCUGGAGGUUCAUUAUAGAGGUCAGUGGGGGACCGUGUGUGAUGAUGGCUGGACACAGACCAACACGCAGGUUGUCUGCAGGCAGCUGGGCUUUAGGUCAGGGCAGAGUGUGUCACCAGGGCGGUUCGGGACAGCAUUGGGUCCAAUUUUGCUGGAUGAUGUCAAGUGUACAGGAAAAGAGCCCACCAUCACACACUGCAGCCGGAAGAGCUGGCUCAAACACGACUGCACUCACAAUCAAGACAUAGCCAUUGUGUGCAACCCCCAACGCUUCAGACAUGGAGUACCCACCAGUGUGCCUGUGAGACUGGUGGGCGGGGAGAAUGAGAGAGAGGGGCGUGUCGAGAUCCUAGUGGGUGGCCAGUGGGGGACGGUUUGUGAUGAUGGAUGGACGGACCGGGACGCAAAGGUGGUGUGCAGACAGCUGGGUUACAGUGGGCUGGCCAAAGCUCGUGUAAUGGCAUAUUUUGGGGAAGGCGAGGGGCCUAUCCACAUUGACAAUGUAAAAUGCACCGGUGGGGAACGCUCCCUGGCUGACUGUAUCAAACAGCCAUUUGGAACGCACAACUGCCGUCAUAGCGAAGAUGCCGGAGUUAUUUGUAACUAUGGGUUACAGAAGGAUGCCCCUGAGGUCAAAGAGUCAGUGAGCUCCAUGUGUGGUCUAAGGCCCUCUCAUACCCGCCAGAAGAGAAUAAUUGGAGGGGAAAACUCUCUACGUGGUGGCUGGCCAUGGCAGGCAGCAGUGCGCUUGCGGGGAUCUCAGGCAGAUGGACGGUUGGUAUGUGGAGCCACUCUGAUCAACAGCUGCUGGGUCCUCACCUCUGCCCACUGCUUUAAGAGGUAUGGUAACAGCACCGGGCUGUAUAAAGUUCGUGUGGGUGAUUAUCACUCUCUGGUUCCUGAGGAGUAUGAAGAAGAGUAUGCUGUGGAGAAGAUUAUCCUUCACCCACACUACCACACUGACAGCAAUGACUAUGACCUGGCACUGGUGCGUGUGUCUGGCCACAGAGCUCACAGGGGUCUCACAGGCGAGUGCGUCAGGCUGAGUCGUUUCGUCCUGCCUGCCUGCUUGCCAGUUCGGAAGGAGAGAGUGCCAAAGGGAAUUGCCAACUGCUUCAUCACGGGCUGGGGGGACACGGGUCGUGCAUAUUCAAAAACUCUUCAGCAGGCCUCAAUUUCUGUGUUGAGCAAACGUCAGUGUGAGCAACGCUAUUCUGACCAGUUUACCAGUCGAAUGCUGUGUGCUGGCUCCUCCUACGAUGACCACCGUGUGGACAGUUGCCGUGGAGAUAGUGGUGGUCCAUUAGUGUGUGAGAGGGCAAGCGGAAAUUGGGUUGUAUAUGGGGUCACAUCUUGGGGUCAUGCUUGUCGACUGCAAGACGCACCUGGCGUGUACACCAAAGUGUCCACCUUUGUGCCCUGGAUUAGGAAGGUCAUUGGCCAAUAGGAUUUAAUAAAAACUGCAGUCAACCAAUAAAAGACAUUGUGACAAUGCAGACAAAGAAAUGAUGCACAUUUUUAAAGUAAGAGCUAAUUAUGUUUCAGAUAAAACUUUAAUAGUUUAAAACUCAAGCACACACUCAAAACACUAGCACAAAGUGACUCUAGUAUUCCAAAUAUGUAUUUUAACAUCAAAGAAAAAAGCUGCUUAUUGCCUUAUGUAAUAAGUUGCACCUGGCAUAAAUAGUCAUCACAAAACUGUAUUUUGCACUGAAAUUUUGUGACAGUUGUAAUGGACCAUUAUUGUAGUGAUGCAUCCAGCAGUCUUAAUUUGGUAUCAUUUCAGGUCUUCAUUCUUUUACUUUGAUUCUCUUUUUCUUUAUUUUGGUGUUGAAACUGAAACACUUCUAGGUUAAAGGGACCACAAUUGUUAGUGUGGAAUUAAUUACUGAAGGCGGUAAUGGAAGUGUGACUAUUUGACUCUAUACUCCGUGCCAUUAAGAGACAAAAUGGGAUGAGUAAUGUUCCGAUUUCAUAUAUAGAACUUUGUGAUCAUUCUGAUGACUUGAAAUCACAUCAUACUUAAAUGGUGAAGUGGGAAAAUUCUGGAUUUCAUGCCAAGAACUGUAUGUUUAUUUUACACUCCUGGGAUAUGGUUACCAUGGCACUGCUAAGUAACCAACCACAUCACCUCAUCAGCACAUUAGGUGACAUCAUUACUCCAUCACAUGUACAAUGACAUAAUUUGUUAUAGGUCAGAUGUUCGUGAUGGUAAUUGGACUGGGGCUUGACACGUCUUAACGUGAAGACAAAAAGGAUAUCACAAACCAGCCGCAAGUUUGGACACCUAGUCAUUCUUUAUUAUUAUGUUUUCCACAUUUUAGAAUAAUAGUAAAGCCAUCACAUCUAUGAAAUCACACAAAUGGAAAUAUACAAAUAGUGUAGUGACCAAAAAUGUUAAACAAAUCAAAGUUGUUGGGUUUUUUUUUUAACUUCCUUAAAGAAUCCACCCUUUGCCUAGAUUACAGUUCUGCACAAUCUGGCCAUUUUCUCAACUAGCUUCAUAAGGUGUUUUUAAACAGUAUUGGAGUUCUCAUGUAUGCUGUGCACUUGGGGGCUUUUCCUUCACUAUAUGGUUCAACCAAUAUGGUUUAAUCAUUUAAGCAUAAGCCUUUAAAUCAAAAGGUUUUAAAUAUAAUAAAUUCAAACAUAAAACAUAUAUUGAGUCAAGUGUGUCCAAACUUUUGACUGGAAGUGUGUUUGCUUAAUAUCUUUACAAUUCUCAGUUCCACACUCUCUUACAGAUGCCAGAGAACGUGAAUUUGGGAAUUAUGUGCAAUGCAAACCGUUUUACAAAUGUUUAUACCUCUUUGUUUUAGAUCACGAGGAGCAUAUCUUGUCUUAGCCAUUAAGGACUGAAAUUAGGCAGUCUGUUUAAGUGUGUCAUUAUUUGGUUGUAAAGAAACAUUGCGAUCAUUUUGCUGAGCUAAUAUUUAGUAUAUUUCCUGUUUUUCUAAUACAUUAAUCAGUCAUGUUCUAAUCUCCUGUUAAUUAACUGUUCAAUGAAAAUAAUAAUAAACAAAUAGUUAUUUGUUCACACAGGGUCAAUAAAUUCAGUUUUAUUCCAUUUCUAUUUUGGGUUGUGUUUAGUAUUGUCUUAUGUAUGUUUAAAUAUUUCUGAACUUGGUAUGAUGCUAUAGUUUUUGCAUAAAAUUAGUUUGUAACGUCCUGUGGCAUGUGAUGCACUAUUCAUGAGGGCUGAAGUGUCAUUAGCAAACAAAAACCCACAAAAAUUUAAAAUGUUUGAAAAUGUACAAUUGUCUUGUAACCUCAGUUUGGAGCAUUA